GCGCACUAAUUGUGUAAUCUGUCGUCAUAUCCGGCAUUUUUGCAGUGUACUUCCUAAGUCGUCCGCUGUUCUGGUUAAGGAGGCCAAAUAGCGACAGCUCGCGUACACCAGCUGUGAUGUCUGCGACGUUACGUGUACUGUAUUCCGUGUCCAGGCCAGGGAAUUUUGCCCUCAGCCAGAGUGUGCGUCCUAUCAGUGUCUCAGCUAAAAGGGAGGCAUUCAAGUAUGUCAACGCUCAGGAGCUUGCAACAGACAUGAAGUCCAUCACAGACCGUGCAGCCCAAACCCUCCUGUGGACUGAGCUCUUCAGAGGUCUGGGUAUGACCCUGAGCUACAUGUUCAGAGAGCCAGCCACAAUAAACUAUCCAUUUGAGAAGGGGCCAUUGUCUCCACGCUUUCGUGGUGAACAUGCGCUGCGCAGGUACCCAUCGGGAGAGGAGCGGUGCAUUGCCUGCAAACUCUGUGAAGCCAUCUGUCCAGCACAGGCAAUCACAAUUGAGGCUGAGCCCCGCAGUGACGGCAGCAGGCGGACAACGCGCUAUGACAUCGACAUGACCAAAUGCAUUUACUGUGGCUUCUGUCAAGAGGCCUGUCCUGUGGAUGCCAUUGUGGAGGGACCCAACUUUGAGUUCUCCACAGAAACCCAUGAAGAGCUGCUGUACAAUAAGGAGAAACUUCUCAACAACGGAGACAAAUGGGAGGCGGAGAUCGCUGCCAAUAUUCAGUCUGACUACCUCUACAGAUAAACAGACAAGUGUGGACAUGCACAUGCAUACAUACAUGCAUACACACAUACAUAUACACCCCCACAUGAAUAGAUAGAUUUUGACUACACCGACUGACCAACAACGGACAUUGGCUGACAUUGACACAAACUAUUAUCAAUUUAUGCAUAUACACACACGCAAACGCCUACCCAUCGUGAACUCACUUAGACUUGCCCUGUGACUCCUCUACUAUACUCUGACAACUGUUUUCUGUACACAUACUCGGACACAAGCACUUGCCAUAACCCUAACUCAAGGAUACUCUGCAUCUUGACCAUGAUAAACAUCCUAAAGUUCACUUAUGUUCAAUUGUGUGUGGGUGCUUAAUCUUUAUUUCAAAGUUUGCUCCCUGGGUCAGGUGGGUGUAUUACCCUGAUGUUCUCUUGUCAACUUAGGAGUCAAUAUCCCAAUACCUUAUAUCUAUCCCCCUCAUCUACAACAGUUAGUAGGAGGCAUCUUUGAUAGCUUAUCGGAUAAACAAACACAAUUGCCUUCCCAUUAAAAAAAAAAAAAAAAACCAAUAUGUAAGUGUAAGACAUGAGAAUUGUACAGGGAUUAAAUACUUGUGAACUUAAAAUGAAAUGGUGAUUAAAUUAAUGUUCUGUUCUAA